AUGGGCCGAAAGCCCAGUGGGCCCAAAAGGCCUAGUCACUCAAUUUUCAGAGAACUCAUGCAAGGAUACAAGGGAAAUGCAGAUGGAGGAGGUAGAGGUGGACUGUGUCUCUUUCAAAUUAUUCAUCCGGGCCCCAUUUUGGCCCCCCAAUUUCACAUUAUUGAAUCCACAUGGGCCAUUCUUUGUGGCUCUUGGUCAUCCUAA